GACACGUCGGACAGCGGCGGCCGCGGCCCAGGCUCCCGCGCGGAGCGCUAGAACCCUGCGCCCUACGGAGGAGGAUCGGAGAGCGGCGCAGGGGAGUUCGACGAGGGCCGCGUCGGUGGGGAGGGAGCGGGACCGCCCGCUUGGCCCGGGCCCUCGGAUCCGCCCCCUCCCUGGUCCCGCCCCCUCGGAGCUUCCUCUGGCUGCUGUGGGGCUGCUCCGGGGCCGGCGGCCCGCGGUCCCGGCGCCAUGCGGGCAUCGCUGCUGCUUUCGGUGCUGCGGCCCGCAGGGCCCGUGGCCGUGGGCAUCUCCCUGGGCUUCACUCUGAGCCUGCUCAGCGUCACCUGGGUGGAGGAGCCGUGCGGCCCAGGGCCGCCCCAACCCGGAGAUUCUGAGCUGCCGCCGCGCGGCAACACCAACGCGGCGCGCCGGCCCAACUCGGUGCAGCCCGGAGCCGAGCGCGAGAGGCCCGGGACCGGCGCAGGCGCCGGGGAGAACUGGGAGCCGCGUGUCUUGCCCUACCAUCCUGCACAGCCUGGCCAGGCCGCCAAAAAGGCCGUCAGGACCCGAUACAUCAGCACAGAGCUGGGCAUCCGGCAGAGGCUGCUUGUGGCGGUGCUGACCUCACAAGCCACGUUGCCCACACUGGGUGUGGCCGUGAACCGCACGCUGGGGCACCGGCUAGAGCGCGUGGUGUUCCUGACCGGCUCUCGGGGCCGCCGGGCACCACCGGGCAUGGCCGUGGUGACACUGGGUGAGGAGCGGCCCAUCGGGCACCUGCACCUGGCACUGCGCCACCUACUGGAGCAACACGGUGACGACUUUGACUGGUUCUUCAUAGUGCCUGAUGCCACCUACACCGAGGCCCAUGGACUGGCUCGCCUAGCUGGCCGUCUUAGCCUGGCAGCUGCCGCCCACCUCUAUCUGGGCCGGCCGCAGGACUUCAUCGGGGGAGAGCCCGCCCCAGGCCGCUACUGCCACGGCGGCUUUGGGGUGCUGCUGUCUCGCACACUGCUGCAGCAGCUGCGCCCCCACCUGGAAAGCUGCCGCAACGACAUCGUCAGCGCGCGCCCGGACGAGUGGCUGGGGCGCUGCAUCCUCGAUGCCACCGGGGUGGGCUGCACCGGCGACCACGAGGGAGUCCAGUAUAGCUACCUGGAGCUACGCCCUGGGGAGCAUGUGCAGGAAGGAGACCCCCAUUUCCGCAGUGCCCUGACAGCCCACCCUGUGCAUGACCCCGUGCAUAUGUACCAGCUGCACAAAGCUUUUGCCCGAGCUGAGCUGGAACGCACAUACCAGGAGAUCCAGGAGCUGCAGGUAUGGUCUGGGCCCCAGGGAUAGCGGAGACAGGUCCUGAGACGUCUCAGAGAUCCCAGGGAAAUAAAAGCUAGCACUAGAGGGGCGCCUGGGUGGCUCAGUAGGUUGGGUGUCUGCCUUCGGCUCGGGG